AUGACAAAUCCGUUCCAAAAAGGAGUGCUUCAAAUUGAUCAAGAACUUGCUUUGGAUAAAUCAAGUGCUGGUAUGGUGUCCUCCCUCGCAUCUAAUGCGCAAGGUUUUCAACAGAGCUUUGCAAAGGCGAUGGUGAAGAUGGGUAAUAUUGAAGUUCUUGUCGGAAAUGGGGGUCAAAUAGAAAGAACUGUAGGAUAUGCUUAUCUAGAUAGCAGCGUUUACACUCAUACAGUGUCCAUUUGA